AUGUCAUCUAGACUUGCAAAGUACGUAAACACCCUGAACACAUCCUCCAAAUGCGCUACUCCAAAGUUUACGAUCAAAACGACAACAUUUCCGCCAAUCAGCACAACGUCCCGGUAUAGCACGGUCAAAUAUUUCCAGAAUGCUGACGAUGCUAUCCUUUACAGUAAAGAUUCUAAUGCCUCCGGUAAGGUGGUUAAACCAACCGUGGUAAUUAGCAGCGACAACGAAGUGGAGACUGUUUCAGAACACGUUCGGGUUUAA